GAGCUAAAACCUGCCCCCUUCCCCCAUUCUCAUGGGUUCUAUUUAAUUUAACUUUAUUUUAUCUAUAUAAACGCACAUAUAUAUAUAUAUAUAUAUAUAUAUAUAUAUAUUCACGUGGAUAAUUCCCCGGUUGAAGUGCUCAUACUAAUUUGUUUCAUAGGACAUACUAAAACGCCAUUAGCGCAAGCUUCUAUUAACCCUGCAUUGGUUGUAAUUGGUAAGCUAUUUUUUUGAGCAAUAGUAAUGCGCACCCUAAAAAGUAUUCGAGGAAUUCAAAAUGUCCCAAUAUGCGGAGACAAGGUUGUCAACACCGAAAAAAAGAGUAAACCAUCAUCAGGGAGUGAGUUGUCUCAUUCAACAGUUCCACAUCUAGAAUCUUCAAGGCGUUUAAAUAAGAAGGAAAAACAAAGGCACCAUGAUACUCUCAAGGAAUCAACGCUGCGGUGUGUGGGAAAUUAUCUGUAUAACUUGAUAUUUCGUCAAGACGAAUCUGACAGCCUGGACAAUUUUAUCGAAAUCGAUGACAAUAACGGUAAAUGCGACGCACAGCAGGUACGCCUCUGGUGGAUUGUGAUGCUUCUAGAGAUCGUAGCAUUUUUUCGUAAACGACGAGUGUACUUGGGGCUGCUUUUAGUGGUACUGGCCGUGGCGCUGUCAUCCCAAGCGCAGGAAGUGUUCGGAUCCGUCACAAACCCAUUCACCGUAGCCGAGCCAAAUCGGCCUGGAUUAACGUUUUUAGACAAGUUCAACAGCGGGCGGCCUGAGUUGCCGCGGAAACACCCUGUGAUUAUCAUUCCCGGAUUCGUCACGAGUGCGAUGGAGCUGUGGGAAGCAAAACAGACUUGUUUGGAUAGGCAACCCUCGUUUUCGCAGUCCAGCUUUCGUCAGCGUAUGUUCUGCCCAUCCAUGGUCUUCCUUAUUCUAACAGAUCCUGCGUGCUGGUUGGAUCUUUUCUCUAUGGAUAAAACGACUGGUCUCGACAAGAAAGGCAUCAAGGUGCGGCCAGAUUCAGGUCUCACAUCUGUUGAUUACUUCGUACCUGGUUACUGGGUGUGGGCGAAAGUGAUCAUUAACCUGGCUGACAUCGGCUAUGACCCGCAGGACAUUAUAGUCAUGACAUACGACUGGCGUCUUUCACCACAAAAAGCGCAUGAGCGCGAUGGCCUCUUCUACAAUAUUCGCAACUCCAUUAAGCUUCAAUAUGAAAAAUUUCAAGAGCGCUUAGUUGUGAUUUCCCACAGCUAUGGCACCCCGGUGGCUCUGGAGUUCUUCAAGUGGGCAGAAAAGGAAGAAAAAGGCUUUAUGGAUAAAUAUGUCGCCUACUACAUCAACGUCGGCGGAACUGUGUUGGGCCUACCAAAGGCCGUCUCCGCACUUCUGCAAGGUGACGUCAAAGAUACGCUCACAAUGCCGCGGUCCGCCCGCCGUGUCCUUGAUACAUUUAUAACACAGGGUGCACGAUAUAAUUGCACAAGGACAUGGAGCUGUCUAACUGCUAUGUUGCCGCAUGGCUGCGAAGACGAGAAUCCACAGUUGUGGACCUUUUCCAACGGGACGAUUCUCGGUAUGCACGAAAUGGCUGAGAUGGUGAUUCAAGAGUGCGAGUGCACUGGGCACAUCGACUGCGCUCAGCAGAUGCGACAGUACCGUAAAACCCUCGAUGAGCUGCCUGUGCUUCCACAGGCCCCCAACACCACCGUGGUGUGCCUAUACGGCGUCAACAAGACAACAGAGGUAGGUUACCGUAUCGAGGACACCAGGGACAGCAAUGGAAUUUGGAAGACGAAUAUGGACUACAACGACGCCCACACCAGCCAGGGGGUUCAUCUUGGCAAUGGCGACGGGACAGUACCAAUCCUGUCGCUUGGGUACAUGUGCAGGGCACCGAACGGGUGGCGGCAGAACGUGGGCCGUGUCGUGACUGUGGAAUACCCAGACGAUGCGCAGAACGGGGUGUUAAGCCUGCGUGGUGGGACCAUCAGCGGUGACCACGUGGACAUCCUUGGUAACUAUGAAUUUAUCGAAACUAUACUAAAGGUUGUAAGUGGGAUGGACGCUGUGAAUCAGGAGGGGAACGACACGCUUAGAAGCGCUAAUCCUGCUGUGAAUAGCACAGAACGUAUGGAAACUCGACUUAAAGACGUGAUAUUUUCAAACAUCGAUGCGCUUAUCCAACAAAAUCAAAAAUGUCUAGCCAAGCUAAACCGCCCUAUUGAAUAA